AUGGAAGAAAAACUGGCUGCAAUAUGGAGUGAACUGUUGGGUAUUGAUCGAAUCAGUCGAAAUGACAAUUUCUUUGCGUUGGGUGGGCAUUCUUUGUUGAUUGUACGAAUGCUAGCACAAUUACGAAAGGCCGGAUUUGAUUCUAGUGUCAAGAAAAUAUUUGAUGCUCCCUCAUUAGCUGCACUAGCUGAGACUCUCAGCAAACACCAUUUGUUCAGUAUUCCACCCAAUCUGAUCUCUGAAGACAGCACGAAGAUUACUCCGGAUAUGUUACCACUUGUUAGCCUAUCUCAAUCGGAGAUUGAUUUUCUAGUAGCACAGGUACCGGGUGGUAUAGUCAAUAUUCAAGAUAUUUAUGGGUUGGCACCAUUACAAGAAGGCAUCUUGUUUCAUCAUGCGAUGGCUGAGCAUGGCGAUCCGUAUUUUUUAGUUAGCCGUCUACAAUUUAGUGACCGAAAUGUACUUGAACGUUAUGUAGCCGCUUUGCAACAAGUGAUUGAACGACACGAUAUUCUGCGUACCGUUUUCAUCUGGGAAGGACUCAGUGAACCGGCACAAAUUGUUUUGCGUCGAGCUCCUUCGAUACUCACCGAAGUCAUACUAGACGAAACCAAAGAGUCGGCUCUGGAACAAUUAAAGAACCGCUUCAAUCCACGUCAUUACAAACUAGACCUGACCCAUGCACCUUUGCUGCGUAUGUUUGCUGCUCAAACGUCCGAAGAGAAAUGGGUGGCAGUGAUUCUCAUGCACCAUAUAAUUAUAGACCACACAACACUAGAAAGAGUGAAUGUAGAAGUGCAAACCAUUAUCAAUGGGCAGAGUUCUCAGUUGGCCAAACCCACACCAUUCCGCCAUGUAGUGGCUCAAGCUCGUCUAGGUGUUAGCCAAGCCGAACACAUGCAGUUUUUUAGAGAAAUGCUUUCGGAUAUUGAUAAACCAACCCUAUCAUUUGGUCUGAGCGCCGUUCAUGACAACGGAAUUGAGAUCGAUCGUGAGCAAUUGAAGCUAUCACAGGAGCUGAAUAAUCAAUUGCGAGCACUUACGCGUCAUUUCCAUGUAAGUUUAGCCAGUCUUUGUCAUUUGGCCUGGGCACAGGUACUUGCCUGUGCUAGCGAAAAUGAAACAGUCGUAUUCGGUACUGUGCUACUUGGUCGAUUACAGUCCGCAGAAGAAAAUGAGAGUGCUAUGGGUAUGAUGAUUAACACGCUACCUAUACGGCUGGAUGUCGAUGAUACUACAGUCGAAAGUUCUGUACGCAACGCUCAUUCGCGUUUGAGUGCUUUACUGUCUCACGAAUAUGCAUCAUUGGCGUUAGCGCAACGCUGUAGUGGAGUGCCGUCUUCUAUACCUCUUUUCAACUCAUUGCUAAACUAUCGCCAUAAAUCGCAGACAGAGCAUGCCAUCGAACCACCCGCUGGAGUGAAUAUUGUCAGUAAUGAAGGACGAACAAAUUACCCAAUUACUUUGUCGUUGGAUGACGAUAACAAUACACUGAGUCUCAUGGCUAGUGUG